CCGUCCCCCGGAGAUGGACAUUUGCACGCAAGAAACUGCGAUUGUCCCAUCUUCACGCCACUCAUGGUCGAUCGAACGAAAUAUCGAGAGACUGAACAAUCAAAUUUGUACCGAUUAGUGACGAGCCUGAGGACCAAAGUGGUCUCAUAAACUAGACACCAAGAGCAACGUCCAGAAUCGCGCUUCAGCCAUGGCCUUGAGACCCCUUGGGCAAGGGAUGAGUCGAACACAUGUUCCCAUUGACGGGAAUAUCAGCAAAGUCGCGAUCAACUUUAUAAAGAGCCAAUAUGGAGCGUGUCAAACCGCCGGAAAGCAUGGUUCGAUUGUGCGGAUUGCUGCAUGUGCGUAUCAGGAGACUACUCAAGCUACCCUUUAGUGCCUAGUAUGUACCUACACGCUUUGGGACUUCUGGUCGGUGUUGUUUCCGAUGUAAAUGUAACAAAAUCGAUUUCCAACCUCUGCAGACGCAUCUUGCGCUCGCCGAAGAUUUGGACCAAGCAUAAUGGGGCCUGCUUGUCUGGUCAUAAGACUUGAUAGAAUCAGUUGAUAAUACUGUUUACUCCGAAUCCAGUUCCAACUAGUAGCUCCGCAUCGGC